AUGGACCACCACGGGCCGCCGCUGCUGCCCAAUGGCCGCCGUCUGGCGGCCACGCUCCUGCUCCUCCUCCUGGCGGCCUGCUUCUCCUCCGCCCGUGCCGUCACCAGCGGCGAGGCCGCCUACAUCGCCCACCGGCAGCUCCUCGCCAUGAACGAGUCGGGCGCCGGCGAUGAGGGCGAACUCCCCACGGACUUCGAGCCCGAGGACCGCCUGGGCGCCGACGCCAAGAGCUUGACAUUCGCCAACGACCGCCUCCGCCGCGCGUACAUCGCGCUCCAGGCCUGGCGCCGUGCCUUCUACUCCGACCCCAAGGGCUUCACCGCCAACUGGACCGGGACCGACGUGUGCUCCUACAACGGCGUCAUCUGCACCCAGGCCCUGGACGACCCUAAAGUCACCACCGUGGCCGGCAUCGACCUCAACGGCGCCGACAUCGCCGGGUACCUGCCCCCCGAGCUCGGCCUGCUCACGGACCUGGCCUUCUUCCACAUCAACACCAACCGCUUCUGCGGGAUCGUCCCCAAGAGCAUGUCGCGCCUCACCAUCCUCCACGAGUUCGACGUGAGCAACAACCGCUUCGUGGGCAUCUUCCCCUACGUCUGCCUCGAGAUGGUCUCCCUCAAGUACCUCGACAUCCGCUUCAACGACUUCGAGGGCGACCUCCCGCCGGCGCUCUUCGACAAGGAGUACGACGCCAUCUUCGUCAACAGCAACCGCUUCGUCGGCCCCAUCCCGGAGACGCUCGGCAACUCCACCGCCUCCGUCGUCGUCUUCGCCAACAACAAGCUCGUGGGGUGCAUCCCCAAGAGCAUCGGCAAGAUGGUGCACACGCUCGACGAGAUCAUCUUCCUCAACAACACCCUCGACGGAUGCCUGCCGCUCGAGAUCGGCCUGCUCAAGAACACCACCGUCGUCGACGUCAGCGGCAACGGCCUCGUCGGCUCCCUGCCCAAGGAGAUCUCCGGAUGCUCCAAGCUCGAGCAGCUCGACGUGUCCAAGAACGUCUUCACCGGCGUCGUGCACGAGGCCAUCUGCGAGCUCCCCGCGCUCGUCAACUUCAGCUUCGCCCACAAUUUCUUCAACUCCGAGUCCGGGCCGUGCAUGCCCUCCGAGAAGGCCGAGGUGAACCUCGACGACGCCGGGAACUGUCUCGGCUCGCUCCGGCCUGCGCAGAAGACCUCGCUCCAGUGCGCGCCCGUGCUCGCGCGCCCCGUCGACUGCAGCAACCACCCAUGCGCCGGCGGAGGCGGGAAGCCAGCGUCGCCGCCGUCCGAGACGCCCUUGACCCCGAUUGUUGGGCCGGAGCUGCCGCCGCCGCCACCGCAGCCCAAGGAGUCCGCACCAACGCCAGCUCCUGAGCCGGCACCGCUGUCCCCGAUUGUCGGACCGGACUUGCCCCCACCACCACCGGAAGGGUAUGCUAGCGCUCCACCACCUCCAACAUCCGGCCGGCUUCCGUUGUCCCCUGAGCGCCCGAAGGCACCACCGCCGAAGGAAGAACUACCACCCCCAGCACCGGCCAAGGUUUAUCCUCCACCGGCAGCGCCAAAGGCCGAAUCUCCACCGCCAGCUCCGGUCAGCUCUCCGCCACCCCCGGUGAAAUCUCCUCCACCGCCUGCGCCGGUGAGCUCUCCACCUCCUCCGGUGAAGUCUCCACCACCACCCGCACCGGUCAGCUCUCCGCCACCACCGGUGAAGUCCCCGCCACCGCCCGCACCGGUCAGCUCCCCACCUCCUCCGGUCAAGUCCCCGCCACCACCUGCACCAGUCAGUUCUCCACCUCCUCCGGUCAAGUCUCCACCACCACCCGCACCAGUGAGCUCUCCACCUCCUCCGGUGAAAUCUCCUCCACCUCCAGCACCGGUGAGCUCUCCACCUCCCCCCGUGAACUCGCCACCUCCCCCUGUGAAGUCUCCACCGCCACCGGCUCCAGUGAGCUCACCGCCUCCUCCGGUCAAGUCUCCACCACCCCCUGCACCAGUGAGCUCACCACCUCCUGUAGUGAAGUCUCUACCACCACCGGUGCCAGUUAGCUCGCCGCCUCCUCCGGUCAAGUCUCCACCACCACCAGCGCCAGUAAGCUCACCGCCACCAGUACCAGUGAAGCCACCACCGGCUCCAGUUAGCUCACCGCCUCCCCCGGUGAAAUCUCCACCACCACCUGCUCCAGUUAGCUCGCCACCACCAGUACCAGUGAAGCCUCCCCCGGCCCCAGUGAGCUCACCACCACCCCCGGUGAAGUCUCCACCACCACCCGCUCCAGUUAGCUCACCACCACCUCCAGUCAAGUCUCCUCCACCUCCAGCACCAGUCAGCUCUCCACCACCGGCGCCAGUGUUAUUGCCUCCUCCAGCAAAGACCCUACCACCACCAGCGAAAGAGGAGCCACAGGCACCUCCGGCAAAGACGCUACCACCACCAGCGAAAGAGGAGCCACAGGCACCUCCGGCAAAGACCCUACCACCACCAGCGAAAGAGGAGCCAAAGGCACCUCCGGCAAAGACCCUACCACCACCGGCGAAAGAGGAGCCACAGGCACCUCCAGCAGAAUCAGUUCCAACCCCAGCCUUCGACAAUUUCAUCAUGCCGCCAGUGGUGUCGGCCAAGUACGCAUCACCCCCACCUCCUCAGUUCCAGGGGUAUUAA